CUGUUUGCAAAUCAUAACCUGACGUGUUUAAUGCGUUUUGUCUCGCUUCCUAUCUCUCUCUCCUUCUCCGACAUCCCUGUUUCGAGAUACACAAGGCUCAUGGCUCAGUCGUCACAUGGUAACAACACUGGAAAGAAACUCAUCCAAAUUGAUGUAAGUUCAGACACAGUUUGUCCAUGGUGUUUCGUUGGAAAGAGAAAUCUAGACAAGGCCAUGGAUUCAUCAAAGGACAAAUUCGAUUUUAAGGUUAGAUGGCACCCAUUUUUUCUUAACCCUUCUGCUCCGAAAGAAGGUGUUAACAAGACAGAAUACUACCAAAAAAAAUUUGGGUCCCAGACUGAACAAAUCUUUGCUCGGAUGACAGAGGUAUUCAGAGGACUUGGGCUUGAAUAUGACACUUCUGGGCUUACGGGGAAUACUCUUGACAGUCAUAGACUCAUCUCAUUGGCUGGCCACCAGGGCUUUGAUAAGCAACAUGCUCUUGUUGAUGAGUUGUGUCUCGGAUAUUUCACACAGGGCACGUAUAUUGGUGAUCGGGAAUUUCUUAUAGGGGCAGCUAAGAAGGCCGGAGUGGAGGGAGCAGCAGAGUUUCUUGAAGACCCGAAUAAUGGAGUCAAGGAGGUUAAUGAAGAACUGGGAAAAUACUCAGCACACAUAUCAGGUGUCCCAUAUUUUGUGAUUAAUGGAAAACUGAAGUUGAGUGGUGGCCAACAACCUGAGGUCUUCCUGAGAGCUUUUGAAAAGGCAGCAGCUGAUGUUUUCUAGCCUGUGCAGUUCUUGUUCUUAUGGUAAUUAUAUUCCAAGGAUAUCCGUGCUUUUCUCACACCAUGGAAGAAAAAAAUAGUUUUGACUUGUGAAAAAUAAAAAGUUAUAAGAAUUAAGUAAAUAAAUGGCUUGUUGAUACACAUCUCUAUAAAUUCCUCCUCAAUGUAUAUGGUGUAUUCUGUAACAGUUGACCAGUUGGAACAUACACAAAUGAUAGUAACAAGUCUAUAAAUUAUUAGUUGUUGCUUUGUAUUAAAUAAUUUAUGAGGUCCAUUAUUCAGAGACCAGUUAAAUGGAUUUCAGAACUUCAGGAUAUGUUCUGGAGUUUUUUUGUGCUC